CGCCUCACAAUCAGACUGCACGAAGCCCAGCAGCAGGCAGGGAGAGGACCACAGCACAGAGAAGUGAAAGUGACAGAGAGAGGGUGAGAAGAAAAGAGAAAACCGCAAAACUUUGCGCUUGCUAAACGCUGCACUUGCUUUGUUUCGGGAGACAAUUAAUUAUUAACAUUAAGACAGGUUGAAAACUACAGAGCUGGUAUGCUGUGUUUCCUGUUACUAAAGUUGACUCAAGCCGCACUAUAAAUGCAUUGGAUCCGGUGACAGACUCGACACAAACACAGCAAGACGCGAGACAGACAUGGAGAAUGGGAAGAGCCGCCUGCAGCAGGCCCAGGAGGAGGUGGAGGAGGUGAAGGUCAUCAUGCUGGACAACCUGAACAAGGCUGACGAGAGAUCUGGCAAACUGGGCGAGCUGGAGGAUAGGGCUGAUGAGCUGCUGGCAAAGAGUAAAGCUUUUGAAAGGACCGCCAACCAGGUGAAGCAAAAGAAACGAUGGGAGAACAGCAAGAUGAAAGUUGUGUUUAUUGUCGUUGGCGUAGUCACGGCAGCAGUCAUCAUCGGACUUAUAAUCUACGCCAUCGUUGAUAGCGCAGGAGGACAGUAGCUCAUUUGGUGAUGUAAAGAAAAACAAUAUAUUGGGACUGAGGAGGGACAUGAAGUGGACAAAAGGCAAAAAGCUCCAUGAAAAUCGGAAUGCAAACUGUGGGACUCCAACAUCUCGCUCAAACUGCUCAGUCUGCAUAUUUCUGUGUUGAGAUAUUCAUGGGAGUAUCGGUCCUUCUCUUUAUUAGUGUCAGUUGAUAUGGUACCAGUGAUUGCUCGGCUGCUUCGCUGCUUUUCAUAAUAACUUUUCAAAAGUCAUGUCUCUGUCAGGUCCACAUUUGAAGGAUACACAAAUCUUAGAUCUUAGAAUACGUUCUAAAUAAGUGCUCCAGCAAAACUAUGGAUAGCUAAUAUUUUUAACCAAACAUCAUUGGCCGACUACUUUUGUACUAUUUGUUUGUACAUAUGGGUUUAUGUGCACCACUCAGAGGAACAGUGCCAUUAGUGGUUGCUGAACUGAAGACAAAGUCCAUUUCACCAACCAUUCAAUCGAUUAUCUGAGUCAACCUUAAGUGCAAGAAGACGGAGGAAAAGACAGGACAGAUGGUGAAUAUAUGCAGUUUCAAAUAGCUUCUGUUAAGAAUUAAUUGUACUGUUGCAAAUUUCAUGUGUCAAAUAUGAGUCUGUGUCAUUAAAAUGUGUUUAAAGGUG